AUGGAUGAACAGGAUUGCCUUUUUAUUAACGCCAGAGUGUCAUCUUGCAUAGGGCCCCUUGAGACUGUAUCUAGCCUCCAGGUUUGCGAGCGGGGUGUGCCGAUUCAGGACAAUAUCUUUACAGCAAUGAUCCGGUCCACCGACAAUUGGGCUGGCAAUUGCGCUCAUCUCCGGGACCUCUCAUCUGCUCGCCGGCUCAUCUGUUCUUUCACGGACGCAUCAGAUCACUAUGGCUACUGA